UGAAAUUUUAUAGUAUUCUGAGCUUGUUUCUAAGGGGGAUGAUAUGGCUGGAAAACUGUUCACUGAUAAAUGUUGUGUUCUAAGUGAGGCUCUAUAAGUUCAAUUGAGUGGACUCUUGUGGAUUUUCAUAAUUAAUCAAUGACUGAAUCUCAAUAAUUUACAAAAAUGGCUGAUCCUGGAUUUCCAGCGCAACACACAACGGCCACGAUGACAACAACCGAAACUCAUGUGAGCCCACAAAUUCGGUACGACGCUUCGUACAUCCGAACCGUACCAGGAAUCAUAAAGCUCGUGUGCAUUGUGCUAAAUCUCAUUGGUUUCAUCUGCAUCGAGGUGUCAGCCUUCAGCUACCACUCCCGCGGAAGCUUCUUCAAUUCUGUAGCCAUGACUGGUUUCUGGUUUACAGGCAUUAUGCUUCUUCUCUAUCUUUUCCACGUUCUCGAGAAAUUCUACAAACUUCCAUGGUUGCACAUUGAGAUGAUCUUUUGCGCCAUAUGGACGCUGCUGUAUGCCCUAGCAGCUGGUCUAGCUGCUGCAAUGGGCUUGGAAGCCUACACAGCUGCUGCGUUUUUUGGUUUCUGUGCCAUGGUGGCGUAUGGCUACGAUGCUUUUCUCAAGUACAAAGCUGUUCAAUCAGGACAAAUUGCCCAAGGAACUCGCCAGCAGACAACUGUUCAGCAAACAGUCACAGCAUAAAGCCGUCAUUACUUAUAGAAAUGCCAUGGAUCGCGUUCAGAUUGUUGCCGUUUAAGCUGCACACCGUCCACGGAUUCGGGUUCUUCCUUUCUUCAUCGACGAUCUCGCAUUUCAAUACGUGAGAUGGUUAAAUUUAGCAAACAAUGAGUAGAUUUUCCUUCAAAUUUAUAAAGUCAAAUGUUCUGUUAGAGGAAAGUCGGUUAUUACGUUCGUUAAUUGAAUCCUCUCCGUAUUUUCUAUGAACUGCUUACUUUAUGUGCUUUUUUAUAUUUAGCUCUUUAUAUUUCUGCUGUUCUCUCGUGUAAGAUGAAGCAUUUCCAUUACUUCCUUUGCAUUGCAUUUCAAACCAGUUAAUUUCAAAGCUUUUCUCUCUUUUUUCAUGACUAAAAAGCUAGAAUAAAAUUAGCUUAAAAUUAAUUCAUGCUACAUCUUUUUUUUUACUUUCUUACAAUCAUUUCACUUUACUUCAUUCCUCGUGCUUCUGGUAUUUCUGUUCUCAGGUUAAAAGCAUUAUCUAUUAAUCUAUUAUACAUAUGUAUAUUUAAAAACAAAAAUCCUGGACAAUCAUCGUUUAUAUCUGACGCGAUCCUCGUUCGUUGAAAAUAUUUUAGAUGAAGCAUUUUUCCUCUAUCCCACUCCAACGAAAUUUAUGAAUCUCACCGAGUGAGAUUGUUGUUAACGAAGAAUAUCAAAAAUAAACAAUGUUUAGAGUAAUUUUGUAAUACAAUCAAGGGGCAUUUAACUGGAAUCUUUUAAUGGCAUGGUCCGUAUUAAAGCUUGAUUAAAAAAUCUUGAAUGAAAUUUACAAAUACUUUAAAAAGUUAAAAAUCUGAAUACGGGCCUGUUUUUGGUGUUUAAUUAGCUGAUAAAUGUAAUAUCAAUAUUUGAUAUAUUUACAUUUGUUUUGAAAAUUGUUAUUUUUUUUCGGAAAUAUUCGAGGAAUAAAAUUUUAUAUUGAUCCUGAAAAAAAUAAAAUUAACAGAAAUACUCGAUAUUUGGUAUAUUUAUAAUUAACUAGAGGAGGAUGAAGCAAUUCAGAUGACUUUAUCAAUUUAAAAAACAAAAUUUAAGGUUUUAAGAGCUUUCAAAAAACUGAAAUAUCAAUCUUUUAUACAAAACAUUUUAUGCUCUAAAAAUUAUGCUAAAAACAUUUCUCGGAAAAUGUUCGUAUUCAUUGUUGUUAGCCUUUUAAAUGCCCCUCGAUCGCUUUGUCCCUCUGAUGGGGAAAAUAUCAUGUUUUCUAAAGACUCACGGACCAAACUGUUGAGAGAAAUUAGACGAAAGAAAAAAUAUAUACAAGAAAAAGAAACAAAAAUUAUAUGUACCAAGAACAAUCAGAGGAAAGGGAACUUAAUUGUUGCACCUCACGAAAUGUUAACAUAAGUCGUAAAAAUGUAUAUUUUAUUGUAAUUUUAACUUGAUAUUUUUGUGUGUAAAAAAUAAAAUAUACAAAAUUCAA